AUGGUGAGGACGUCGGAACUGGGGCAAGUGGCGGUCGGUGGGGGCGGUGUCCUGCUGCCCGAUGCCGUCCUCGACAAGCUGUAUCAACGGUACGCGCUGAAGCAGAAGCGGGUCGCGCUCGCCUGCUACCUGAUCGCGUCGAUUCUGUUCGACAUCUGGGCCAUCGGGGUGCCACAAGGUCAAAGCGUCGAGAGCAUAGCCGUCACCAGCGUCUUCCUCACCGUCAACGUUGUCCUGGCGAUCGUGCUGCGCUUCUGCGGCCGGGGUCGGUUCCGCGGCGUCAUCUGGGAAAUCGCUCCCCACCUGGCGUGGCUGCUCGCCAUUACGCAGCUCUUCCUGCAGCUCUUUCUCAAAGGCUCGGUCACACCACGUGAUUCUCUCGGAUGGGCCGUGCUGCUUAAUUUUUUAGUGUACGUGACCCUGCCGGUACUGCUGAAGUACACCGGCAUCCUGCUCGGGCUCGGUUCGUUUGCAACCUACGUCAACGCAAUUAUCGGGCUGGCGAAGAAGGAAAACUAUUUUUGGGAGCAGCAAGUGGCCAACAUCCUGCUGCUCGUCGCCGCCACCCUGAUCGGGCUGCUCUGCUACUUCCUGGCCGAGGCCAAACAACGGCGCGCUUUUCUCGAGGCGAAGCAGGGCCUCGAGGUGAAGAUGCUGAUCGAGGAGCAGUCCGCCGAGCAGGAACGUCUUCUGCUUUCCGUGCUGCCGGAGCACGUUGCGGUGAAGAUGCGACAGGAUCUCGGUUCAACCAAUUCCGAACAGUUCAAGAAGAUCUACAUGAGUCGCCACGAGAACGUUAGCAUCCUGUAUGCAGAUAUCGUCGGCUUCACGGCCAUCUCGUCCACCUACUCGGCCCAGGAUCUGGUGAAAAUUCUCAACGAACUCUUCGCCCGCUUCGACCGGCUAGCUGAGAAAUAUCAACAGUUGAGGAUAAAAAUUCUCGGCGACUGCUACUACUGCAUCAGUGGAGCCCCCGUCGAGCGGCCGGAUCAUGCCGUCUUGUGCGUCCACAUGGGCCUCUCGAUGGUGAAGGCGAUCAAGUACGUCCAGCAGAAGACCAACUCGCCGGUGGAUAUGCGCGUCGGUAUACACACCGGUGCGGUGUUGGCCGGGAUCCUGGGCCAGCGCCAGUGGCAGUUCGAUGUCUACUCGAAGGAUGUCGAGCUGGCGAACAAGAUGGAGUCGAGCGGAAAGGCUGGCCGCGUUCAUCUGUCGGAGAAAACGCUCAGCUUUCUGAACGGCGAGUUCGAGGUCGAGCCGGCCUUCGGUGAAAAGCGGGAGGAGGCACUCCGGAUAGCGGGCCUGAAGACGUACUUCAUCACGAAAGUACUGAAGCCGUUCUGCCCGUCGGAGCAUAAAAACGGUUCGGCCGAUCCGAAAGACGUUGUCAUCGAGGCGGACGGUCCGUCGGAGAUCUUCCGCGACGAGGACGAACCGAAGGAGUCAAGCCAGGCGGAAGCGGUAGCGAACGGGGACGAACCGUCGACGCCGGCCACGGACGACAAGGCGGCGGACGCGCUCGAGGAGGAGAAAGCCUGCGAGGACUACAAGAUGCGCCUCCGCAAGGAGCUCGUCAGCCGCGACGGCCACAGCGAAAUCAGCAAGGACACGACCAUCUUCCUCACGUUCAACGACAAAGCGCACGAAACGGCCUACAACGAGUACCGCGAGCCGCACAGCGCCGUCCCCCUGCUGGCCGCCCUCCUGGUGCAGCUCGUGGCCAUCCUCUACGCCAUCCUGGUGCUUCCGAGGACGGCGGUGCACUUCGAAAUCGUGAUACCGCCGCUGGUGAUCAUCUUCGUAAUGGUGUUCAUCUCGGUCGCGGAGAGUCUCACCGGGAUACUGCCCGCUUUCAUCACGCUCAACAGCAAACGGUACAACGAUAGCACCAGCUUGCGAAAAUCCACGGCCAUCAUUAUCGUCCUGCUGCUGGGAGUUGCGAACGUGAGCGACAUGCUGGCCGCCUCCCAUCGGACACCGCUGAGCCUCAACAUCACCAACGUGUCGUUCGCCUCGACCGAGAUGGAACCGUCCAGUGUGUGUCUGUUUCCGUCGUACUUCAGUAACUAUACCGUUUUAAUACUAAUUGCCACCUCAAUCAUAACGCAAUUAUCGCAUCUCAGCAAAAUUUUAUUAAUGAUCAUCAUAACCGCGACCCACUGCUACGUGAACAUCUUCCAUCUGGAUGAGGCAUUCCGAAACGAGGACUUUGGUAUUCUUAACGUGUUCCCCCUGCGCUACACGCUGUCCGCGCUGCUGGUUGCCGUGACGAUAGCACUUUCUUUCCUCGCCAGACACAUCGAUAAAGUAGAUCGUGUAAUAUUCAUGUGGAAAACGGAAGUGAUCGAUCAGAAGGAGAAGGCGAGUGACAUGCGGCGGCGGAACGAGGCGCUCGUGUAUAACGUGCUGCCGAUGCACGUGGCCGAACAUUUCAUGGGCAACCGGAAGCGCUCGCACGACGACCUGUACUCGCAGAGCUACGCCGAGGUGGGGGUGCUCUUCGCCAGCAUGCCCAACUUUUCCGACUUCUACUCGGAGGAAACGGUGAACAACCAGGGGUUGGAGUGUUUGCGCUUCCUGAACGAGGUCAUUUCCGAUUUCGAUGCGCUGCUGGAGUUGCCCCAGUUCCAGGAUAUCAUCAAGAUCAAGACCAUCGGCUCGACGUACAUGGCGGCGAGCGGACUCAAUCCGUCGCGUAUCGUCAAACCGGAAGAUCCCGUUUCGGUUCGGUGGGCUCACCUGGCACUGUUGGUGGAGUUCGCUCUCGAGCUCAAGAAAGCCCUGCAGGGCAUCAACGAGCAGUCGUUCAAUCACUUCGUCUUGAAGAUGGGAGUCAACCAUGGUCCGAUUACGGCCGGAGUUAUAGGAGCCCGCAAGCCACACUACGACAUCUGGGGUAACACGGUUAAUGUGGCGUCACGAAUGGAGAGUACGGGCAAGGCCGGCGCUAUUCAGGUAACGGAAGAAACCUGCCAGAUCCUGCAGACCUUCGGUUACACCUUCGAGCAGCGUGGUCUUGUGGCAGUCAAGGGCAAGGGCCAGCUGAUGACGUACUAUCUGCAAGGGAAGGUACCCCGACCGGCGGCUCCGACGGCUUCCCCGAUCCUUCAAAACCUCACCGCUAUGGAGACGGUCCAGGAGGUGGACGAGUCCAAGGAGAGUCCCCCAGCACUCGCUCCACCACCAACCGAUGGGACUUCCCCAGCGCAUCAGCCUCACUCCGUCUCAUCCGGCACGACAAGCCCCAACAGCGUGCGACUCAACCAAGAGUACGUAGAGAUGAAGGUUAGCAGUCAGAUAACCCAGGAUCAGCAAGCAGGCAAACUCAGCAGCACCCUGACGGUCGUCACGGAGAAGACCACUACCACAACUUCGAACACGAGCAGCAGCAUCUCCACCUUGGAGACCACUGUCAGCAAAACGGCCGCAUCGAGCGUGCGGUCAUCGAAUCUUUUCAACGGAAGUGAGCCAGCCGGAUCGGCCGAAGAUGCCAGUGAUGUCCAGACGCCGCUGCUUGAGGGGAAAAAUAGCACCAACGCUAGCUCGAACCACAUCGGUGACGGCGAAAAGGACGCAUUGCUGGAAAAUGGCUCCUAAGUGGAACUGGGACAGACG